AUGGAGGUGAGCACCGUGUCCCCAUCUCCUGCCUCACCCACUGAAGGAGAUGAUCUGUGUGAGACAGAUGUCACCAGGGUGGCCAUACACAGUGUGACACUGCUCAUCUUCUGUGGGCUGUUUGGGAACGGGGCUGUCAUCGGCCUCCUCAGCCUGAAAACGAGGAACUCUGGCAUCUUUGGCUUCGAUGUCAUUGACUUCCUCUACUUCCUCUUUGCGGUCCCCUCUGCCCUCCUCCUGCUGGUGGAGGACGUGUCCUGCUCUCCUAUUCUGCCCCUGACGUACCUGAGUGUCCUUUUCAUUAUAUCAGUGAUCUCCUACUACAUAGGGCUGUUGUGGCUGAUAGUCAACAGCACAAUGCUGUAUAUGUGCAAGAUCUGCUGGCUCUGCUGCCGGAGGGAGCUUCCCGAGUGCCCGAGGCUGGGGCAGAUCAGUGUCCAUAAGUGGGCCUUCGGUCUUCUCAUCAUUGUCAUUUUCAUGGUAACAUCCCUGUGCCCACUAUUGCAGGAGCACUGCCAUGUUCCUCUCAUCUCCAUGUACACCAUCGUGCUGCUCCUCUUUGUUGCACCUGUGGUCAUUUCUGGCACAAUUGAUUUCAUUAAGGCCAAGUGGGGCUCCCAGCAGCAGCAACCCAAGAGGCGCGACAUCGUUACCUUUCUCAUGGCACUCUUCAUUCUCUUCCUCAGCCUGUGCAAUUUCCUGCAGCAGCUCGGUUAUAUGGAUGUGUCCUCUCAGGUUGUUUUCCUCCUUGCCUACAUCAACAGCACCAUCAAACCCUUCAUCUACUUCUUGGUGGGGAGGUGCUGGAGGCCCUGCUCCAUGGGGUCCCUCCGGCUCUCCCUCCAGAGGGUCUUUGAGGAGCUGCGAGAAAACACUGCCCACCACAAUGAUCCUGCCAUGGACACAGUGCUCUGA